AUGUGGUUAUUACGUCGAAGUAGCUUGCUCUAUUUUUUAAGCGCUUUCUUGCUGGCUUAUAUGAAUCCAGUGUGCGGUGCUUUUACAAACUCCAACUUCAACAAUAACCUCAGAGAAUUUUCCGUAAGAGAUAAUAGUAAAAACACGACAGUGCUGAAGCAAGGGACGGAGUUGUACACCAACUUUGUGCCAAUUUCAAACCCGGUAACGUUCAAGGAGGCGGAUAAUCACGUAUCGAGCUCAAGCUAUAGCAGAGACCAUCUACCACAUACUGACUAUGGAGUGUAUAACUAUGAAGGCAGCCCACAAUACGGACACGGCUAUGAAAACCAAAUUCAAGAUACUGGCAAUUACGGAUACCAUGCAUUUGAUCAUCAGAAUGCAGAUAAUUUUCACUCCGGUUAUAACGGAGGUCACCAAUUAGAAUAUCAAGACGGACAACACCACGUGGGUUCUUUCCAUAAAAACUACGAUCACACUCAGGCCGUUAAAAAAAUACUAUGGCCAUUAGCUGGAAUCGCUAUUCUUGGAGCAGCAGCUGCCUUUAUCACGAACCCAGUCUUACUUCAACUUGGUGUAGUCUCCGGUAAACGAAAACGACGUGACACUGAAGAAGUAACAGGACCUGAUUUAAAUUUAAACCUCAAAAAAUGGCCACAAAACCUAGUUAUUACUAAUAAAAUUAAUACAGAACAGAAGAAAGAUAAUUUAGGACUGUCUUUAAGUAACUUUCCUAUAAUCGAAAGAAUUUCAAUGGAAAAUAGAAAACACGCGCCAGAAAACGUUGCUCCUACAGAAUUGUCUCGGACCGAUAACAGUUUAGAAAUUCAUAAUAGAAGAUCAAAAUUAACAAGAGAAGAUAACUUUAUUCCAAUACCACUAAAAAUAAAACCAUCGUAA